AUGGCCUCAAUCGCAGCCAGAUCGAUAUCCGAAGCCCGCCUUGUCGACUCGGUAGUCGUCGGCGGCGGGCCAGGUGGACUCGCUGCCAUUGGCAACCUGCUUGAGCAUCGGCCGCAGCACCGCCAGCUUUGGGUCGAUCGACUUUUUCAGGCUGGUCGGGUUGGGACUUCCUAUCGCCAGGUUCCCAGCAACACAAAAGCAGGCCUAUUUGUCGACUUUGCGAAGGCUGUGGCGCCCUUUCGCCAGAUUUUGGAGGCCACAGAGGAACCCAACGCGUUCACUACACUUCAGCAGCUGCAGCAGGACCAAGGUUGUGAGCUCAAGCAUGCGGCAGACCUCUGUUUGAUGCUCUCCAAAGGCAUUCCUCGUCAUUUCCAGAACGUAGAGCAGCGCCGAGCCAAAGUCACAUCCGCCAUUCUGAACAAGCAAACAAGACAAUGGACAGUUGCUCUGGAUGGCAAGGAAUACGCACAGACGUCGAAACUUGUGCUGUGCACUGGUUCCAAUCCAAUUUCACAGCCCCAGCUGAUGACGGGGGGAUUGCCGGAGAAUCUCGUGACGGUGCACCUGGAUGCGGCUUUGAGACCGUCAUCUUUGGGUUGGAGGAUACCCUCUGAUGCCACAGUGGCUGUCGUGGGUUCCUCUCAUUCAGCUGUUCUGGUUCUCAUGAAUCUGUACAACCUUGCGACAACGUCACACCCGAACCUCCGUAUCAAGUGGUUCACCCGCCACAACGAGUUGCGCUACGCCGAGUACAAGGAUGGAUGGAUCUUGUACGACAACACGGGUCUCAAGGGCCAAGCUGCGCUGUGGGCUCGUAACAAUCUUGAGGAGCGACUAUUCGGGAAAAGCUCUGUCAAGAAGUUCAUUACCAAGGUUUUGACGCCACCGGAGGAAGAGCAGGCCGUGUAUGCGUCUGAGCUUCCUAGUUGCACCCACCUUAUCCAAGCUAUCGGCUUUCAACGAAACCCUCUACCAGACCUGGGCGUCGUUGAAAAGGCUGGUGCUGAGACGCAACCGUUGUCCGUUUAUCAUGAUGCUUCUAACGGAAGAUUCUCUGCUCAGCCUGUCGAGGCCAGUGCUCAGGGUCGCACUUAUAUUCCCGGGCUCUUUGGGGCUGGCAUAGCUUUCCCGGAGCGGGUGGUGGAUCCCGCUGGCAACGUCGAAGAUGCUGUUGGUUUCUGGAAGUUCAUGACGUUCCUCAAGAAGUCGGUUCCCGACUGGAUUGAGUCUUCGAAAUAA